CGAAGCUCACUCUCUCACCCACUUCAGCCUACACCUCUUCUAUUUCUGUGGCUGGCGCAUCCAACAUCUUGAGCUUCCACAAAUCGCAAUCAUGGCGGAGGCCCCUAUUGUCCUCGAUGGCGGAACCGGCUUCCUCAAGGUUGGCUACGCGGCCCAGAACUUCCCCGAAUUCCAAUACCCUUCUAUCGUGGGACGACCGAUCCUGCGUUCCGAAGAAAAGGGCGACCCCACCUCCGUAAUUAAGGAUAUCAUGUGCGGUGACGAAGCAGCGGCAGCGAGGACCAUGUUACAGGUUUCAUACCCAAUGGAGAACGGCAUUGUCAAGAAGUGGGAUGAUAUGCAGCACCUAUGGGAUUAUACUUUUUACGAGAAGAUGAAGGUGGACACGACAGGGCGAAAGAUCCUCCUGACAGAGCCACCUAUGAACCCCCUCAAGAACAGAGAGCAGAUGUGCGAAGUUAUGUUUGAGCGAUACCAGUUCGGCGGCGUAUAUGUUGCCAUCCAGGCAGUUCUUGCUCUCUACGCACAAGGUCUCUCAUCCGGUGUCGUUGUCGACUCUGGUGAUGGUGUAACCCACAUUGUCCCCGUCUACGAAUCCACCGUCCUAAACCACCUCACGCGCCGCCUCGACGUCGCCGGCCGCGACGUAACCCGCAACCUGAUCUCCCUGCUCACCCGCCGCGGAUACGCCCUCAACCGUACUGCCGACUUCGAGACAGCACGCCAGAUCAAAGAGAAGCUCUGCUACGUCUCCUACGACCUGGAGCUAGACAAGAAGCUCUCCGAGGAAACCACCGUUCUGGUCGAGAGCUACACCCUCCCCGAUGGCCGCGUCAUCCGCGUCGGCAGCGAGCGCUUCGAGGCCGCAGAGUGCCUCUUCCAGCCCCAUCUCGUCGAUGUCGAGCAGCCCGGUAUUGCCGAGUUCCUCUUCAACACCAUCCAGGCCGCCGACGUCGACGUGCGCUCCUCCCUCUUCAAGGCCAUCGUGCUCUCGGGAGGUAGCAGCAUGUACCCCGGUCUACCAUCGCGUCUCGAGAAGGAGCUCAAGCAGCUGUGGCUCACGCGCGUCCUGGGCGGGAACCCAGAGCGCCUCGGCAAGUUCAAGGUGCGCAUUGAGGACCCCCCGAGGAGGAGACACAUGGUGUUCCUGGGAGGUGCGGUUCUGGCGAAUAUCAUGGCGGAUAAGGAGGCGAUGUGGAUUAGCAAGCAGGAGUGGGAGGAGCAGGGGACGCGGGCGCUGGAGAAGCUCGGACCGAGAUAGGGAGGGGGAUAGAUGAUAGAGUUGGGGGGUAAGCGGUUCAUAGCGACAAAAUUAUAUAUCUUUCUCAUGAUGACGAAUGGUAUGUCUGCAGAGAUACGUGGGAAAUGAUAGGAGUCAAAGUUGUAUGCAUGUGAAUUCCAUGGAUUAUCAAAUACAUCAGUCGCUCAAUGCUCCUAAACAACGCCCCUGAUAGAACACGAUCCAGAACACCAUUCAAGCCAACCCCAUUACACCCUGCUCGAUUGAUCUUCUCAAGCCAUCUCAACACCCUACCCGUCCAACUCCUCAAUCGCACGCUUAACACCAAACUCAAUCAACUCUCCUCACUCGUCCCCACACCUCAUCGGCAUCCCUCUUUCCCUUCGUCUCCGGCACAAAGCGACUCACAAACAGCACUCCCACCGCCGCCACAGCCGCAAACGCAAAGUACAACCAUCCCGCACCGCCUAGCGCCCCAUUCACGCUAUCAUUCAAAAUAGGGAAAAACUGCGCAACGAGCCAUCAUGAAGGGGAUGGGACCCAAGCCAGUAGCAAAGAAGGCAACGAAGAGGAGAAUGGAGGCAGCGGAUAGAGCGGGGAGGGAG